GACCGGUGCCAUCCACGUGGGGGACCGCAUCUUGGCCAUCAACAGCGUUAGCCUCAAGGGCCGGCCGCUGAGCGAGGCCAUCCACCUCCUGCAGGUGGCCGGAGAGACUGUCACCCUGAAGAUCAGGAAGCAGCUGGACCGCCCUCUCCCAGCCCGCAAGUCGGGCAGCCUCAGCGAGGCCAGUGAUGGGGACGAGGGCCCGCCCGAGGCCCCCAGAGGAGGCCCUCUGCCGGCCCGGCUCUCGCCAGCUGUGCCCAGUGUGGACAGUGCUGUGGAGUCCUGGGACAGCGCAGCCACGGACGGCGGCUUCAGGGGCCCAGGUUCCUACAUGCCACAGGCAGCCCCCCGGAGCAUGACCCCCCAGGAGUGGUGGCCUGGCCGGCUGAGGGGCAGCUCCCCACCCACUGAACCCCGGAGGACGAGCUGCACCCCAGCCUCUGCUGACGAGAGUUUUCCAGAAGAGGAGGAGGAGGAGGAAGAGGAGUGGGAGCUGCCAACUAGCCCAGCCCCUGACCCUGCCCAAGAGGAGGGCUUCUGGCGUGUGUUCGGGGAAGCCCUCGAAGACCUGGAGUCAUGUGGUCAGUCAGAGCUGCUGAGGGAGCUGGAGGCUUCCAUCAUGUCGGGCACUGUGCAGAGUGUGGCCCUCGAGGGCAGGCCUGGCCUGCGGCCCUGGCGGAAGAGCCGGGAGUUCCGAGCCUCCCCCAAAGAGACGCAGGAGCUACUACUGCCGACGCCCUUGGAGAUGCACAAGGUGACCCUGCAGCGAGACCCCGUGCGGAAUGACUUCGGCUUCAGCGUCUCCGACGGCCUCCUGGAGAAGGGCGUCUAUGUUCACACCGUGCGCCCCGACGGGCCCGCCCAGCGUGGGGGCCUCCGUCCCUUCGACAGGGUCCUCCAGGUCAACCACGUUCGCACUCGGGACUUCAACUGCUGCCUAGCAGUACCGCUCCUGGCUGAGGCGGGUGACAUCGUGGAGCUGGUCAUCAGCCGCAACCCGCUGGCACAGGGCAGCCGAGCUCCCCGAGCACCAGGCCCCAGUAGUCCCCGGAUGCUCUGA